AUGGUGUCCCGAACCCGAAGGUUCGAGCCGAUCGAGCAGUGCGACACCGAGGGGCGGUCGGGCCAGACGGUCGCCGCCGACCUCGACGGCACGCUGCUCCUGUCCCGCAGCGCGUUCCCGUACUACCUCCUCGUGGCGCUGGAGGCCGGCAGCCUCCUCCGCGCCCUGGCGCUCCUCGUGUCCGUGCCCUUGGUGUACCUCACCUACGUCGCCGUGUCCGAGACCCUGGCCGUGCGCGUGUUCCUCUACGUCGCCGUGGCGGGGCUCGAGGCGAGCGACAUCGAGGUCGUCGCCCGGACCGUGCUCCCCAGGUUCUACGCCGGCGACGUCCACCCGGAGGGCUGGCGCGUCUUCCGCUCGUUCGGGAGGCGGUGCGUCGUCACCGCCAGCCCGCGGGUGUUGGUGGAGCCGUUUGCCAGGGCGUUCCUUGGCGCGGACGUGGUCAUCGGGACGGAGAUGGAGGUGGGCGAGUCCGGGAAGGCCACGGGGUUCGUCGCCGGGCCCGGGGUGCUCGUCGGCGAGCACAAGAGGCGGGCGGUGGUCAGGGAGUUCGGGGACGCGCUGCCGGACGUCGGCAUGGGGGAUCGCGAGAGCGACUUCGACUUCAUGUCCAUCUGCAAGGAAGCGUACAUCGUAACACGACAGAAGUACCGCGCGCUGCCCCGGGAGCAGCUUCAGAGCCGGGUCAUCCUCCACGACGGCCGCCUGGCCCGGCGACCGACGGCGACCAACACGCUUCUCACUUUCCUGUGGAUGCCGCUCGGCUUCGCGCUCGCGCUGAUGCGCGUGCAUCUCCACCUGCUCCUCCCGGUGCGCGCCCUCUCCUACGCCUAUAAGCUUAUGGGCGUCAAGCUGGUGGUGCGCGGCAACCGGCCGCCGCCGUCCAAGAAGGGCGGCCGGCCGGGGCUGCUCUUCGUGUGCAACCACCUCACCACGCUCGACCCUGUCGCGGUGGCCGUCGCGCUGGGCCGCAAGGUGAGAUGGGUCACGGACGGCGCCUCCAGCAGGUUCUCGGAGCCCGGGUCGCCUGUCAUGACAGGCGUGGCGCUGCCCGUGCCCAGCCGCGAGAGCGACGACGCGGGCGCCGCUGCCCGCAUCCGGCGGCUGCUCGAGGAGGGAGACGACGUCAUCAUCUUCCCCGAGGGCACCAUCUGCUGCGAGCCGUUCCUGCUGCGGUUCGGCGCGCUCUUCACUGAGGUCACCGAUCGCAUCGUGCCCGUGGCCAUCGACGCUAGGGAGGGCAUGUUCCACGGGUCCACGGCGCGCGGGCUCACGAGAAUGGAUCCCUACUUCUUUUUCAUGAACCCACGGCCGACGUACGAGGUCACGUUCCUGAAUCAGCUUCCAAGGGAGCUCACCUGCGGCGGCGGGAGGUCGCCGGUCGAGGUGGCCAACUACGUCCAGGAGGUCCUGGCGGCGCAGCUUAGAUAA